AUGGGCUUCUCUUCACUCCUCUGUGAAGCUUCUGUUUUCUGCGUGAGCCUCGACCCCAAGACCAACACGCUGGCAGUGACGGGCGGGGAGGACGACAAGGCCUUCGUGUGGCGCGUGAGCGACGGAGAGCUCCUGUUCGAGUGCUCAGGACACAAGGACUCGGUCACCUGUGCUGGCUUCAGUCACGACUCCGUGUUUGUGGCCACGGGUGACAUGUCUGGGCUUAUCAAAGUGUGGCGGGUGGAUGCCAAAGAAGAAGUGUGGUCCUUCGAGGUGGGGGACUUGGAGGUGAUGGAUGAGGGGCCCCCCCAGGCCCACGUCCUUCUGGCGGGCACGGCCGAUGGCAACUCCUGGAUGUGGAAGAUCCCCAGCGGAGAUUGCAAAACCUUCCAGGGCCCUGCGUGCCCGGCCACGUGUGGCAGGAUCCUGCCUGAUGGGAAGCGAGCGGUGGUGGGAUAUGAGGACGGGACCAUGCGCAUCUGGGACCUGAAGCAGGGAACCUCGCUGCACGUCCUGAAAGGUAGGGGAGAGGUUAAUCACCUGGGGCACUCCCGAAUUGGGGAACGGCCCCUUCCAGCGGGCUUGGACCCCUGCCCGGGCUUGAUCCUGGGUGAGGAAGGGGACCUCAGUGCGACUGGGGAUCCCCUUCCCCUCUCCUUCAGCACUCUUUGGUCUCCCUUCCCCCAGGUGGUGUGCGUGUUCAAGAUGGAGAGCACGGCCCCCAAGGCCCCCACUGGCGAGGGCGAGGAGGCCGAGUCCAACUCGGUGGAGUCAUUGGGCUUCUGUAAUGUGAUGCCGCUGGCCGCUGUGGGCUACCUUGAUGGCACGCUGGCUAUCUAUGAUCUCUCCACACAGAGCUUGAGGCAUAAGUGCCAACACGAGUCGGGGAUUGUGCAGCUGCUGUGGGAGGAGAACUCGGCCGUGGUGUACACCUGCAGCCUGGACGGGGCCGUGCGGCUUUGGGACGCCCGCUCAGGGAAGAUGAUCAGCGAGUACCGAGGGCACUCGGCUGAAAUCCUCGACUUCGCCGUCAACAAGGAUGCUUCCAUUGUGGUGACAACCUCUGGCGACCACCAAGCCAAAGUGUUCUGCGUCCAGCGCCCCGAUCGCUAGGAACUGUGCUGAGGGAUGGUGUCCUGGCUCUGCCGGGUGGCUCGUGUACAGAGGGAUGAGAGAGAUGGGCUUCACCACCCUGCUCCAGCGGGUGCUUUGUGACUUUCCAGCCUGCCCCACUUUGCCCUCACCAUGAAGGGGGGGAGCAAGCCUGGGGUUUUGUAUGAAAACGUCUUUUAAUUAUAUAAAUUAUUUCACUUAACU